AUGUCCAAAGUUGCAACAAAUUUCGUGAAUCAGUAUAACUUAACUCCUCAGAUGAGUAUAGCUGAGCUUGGUAAUUAUGCUGAAAAAAUAUGUAAAGAUUUAAAAGAUUAUAAAGCUCGUGAUCAUGCUCGAAAUAGAAUCCAAAAAUUAGGAUUUAGCAAAGAUCAAACAUAUGCCUUAAUUCCUAUCCAGACUUCCAGAAGACGUGUUAUAGGGCGGGACCCAGUUAAAAAGCUUGCUCAAUAUAUUAAGGAAAAUGAAGAUAAUCUUGAACCCGAAGAGAUAUUAAUAUAUGAAUUAGCAUAUAACUUAGCUAAAACAGCUCCUACUAUAAUAGCCCAAUCAUCGCGUCUUAAAUUGCUCCGAAAAAAAUUACGGAAUCUCGAUGCUGAUUAUCUUAAAUUAGUAUUAAACUGCAACGCUAACCGAUACCGUAGUUGGGCGCCACAUGGGAAAAUGUUUGUUUUUG